AGCUUUUCUGACGAGGUGGCUGGCGAGGCCGCCUCGUCGCUGGCUGCGCCCCCGUGGUUGGCCGUCCCGCUCGACUCGGGGGCCGUGCAGAGCGCAUAAAGGGGACCCAGCAAGCCGAGCGGAGGCGCAGCGUGGCAGGGCGAGCCCACCGGCCGGUCGGGCUGCCCCCUCGCCCCUUCCUCCCUCCCUUCCUUCUUUCCCCGGGAGGGAAGCCGAGGAGGCGGCGGCGCGGGAACAUCAGCAACCGGGAAGGGGCGGAGAAGGAGGAAAAGGACGCCCGGAUCGACGGGCGAGGCAGGCGAAGGAGGCGCCGGCUGAGCCGACAGCUCCGCGAGGACUCGACGGUCCCGGCCACUCACCUCCGGCCACCAGGUAAGGAAGAUGUAAAGCGGACCUCCAACCCAAGUCCCCACGAGUGUGUUCAGCAAGCCCCAUAUUUUCAGCCGGGCAAUGCCUGGCUCUCUUCGCACGUUCCACAGAGGUCUGCUCGCUUCGUUGUAUUCCAAGGCUGGAGACCCGGUGCUACAUCAGAACUGACGUCCAGCAACUGAUGUCUUGCAGAGGCAUUCUGGUCAUUCGAGGUCUGGAGAAUCAGGAACCUUCAGGUGAAUAGAGGAACCGCCUUCCUUUCCCCUCUCCCUCCAGAGGCUGCAAGCCAGCCAGGACAGGGCCUGCGUGCACCGCCAGCUCCCCAUUCAGAGAAGACCCGAGGACUACAAUGGAAGAGAAUGUGUUCAGUGUACAGCAGAUUCAGCCCAAUGUCAUUUCCGUGAAACUCUUCAAGCGCAAGGUUGGGGGUCUCGGGUUCCUGGUGAAGGAGCGUGUCAGCAAGCCGCCAGUAAUCAUCUCUGACCUGAUCCGAGGAGGGGCGGCUGAACAAAGUGGCCUUAUCCAGACCGGGGACAUCAUCCUCGCCGUGAAUGGGCGCCCCCUGGUGGACAUGAACUAUGACACCGCUCUGGAGGUCCUGAGGAGCAUUGCCUCCGAAACCCACGUCGUCCUCAUCUUGAGAGGCCCAGAGGGCUUCACCACUCACCUGGAGACGACUUUCACCGGAGACGGGACACCCAAGACCGUCCGAGUCACCAGGCCCCUGUGCGCCACCUCCCCGUCCGUGGUUGACCUCCCGGCCGGCCUUGGGAUCCACACCAAAGAUCAGCGGCAAGGAGGUGACCAUACAAUGGGGGGCUCUGUCAGCUCACGGUGUACCCGGGAGAACGGGCAGGGGGAUGAGUCCCUGGUGCACAUCAACGGGGUGAUCGCUGGGUCCGUCCCCCGGGACUCUCUGAAAGGGAGCGGGGACGUUUCUGACCGUUGCCUCAACGGCAGCGUCGAGAACAGUGAACUGUUGAAAGAGAUCGAGCCGGUCUUGGACCUCCUGAAGAGCAACAGCAAGGAGCUCAACGGAGAUGCGCAGCCCAGGAUGGUCACAAGAGACGCGGAGGUCCAGGUGGAUGGUUUCCGGGAAGCAGACCGGAAGUCGCCAAAGGCUUUGCCAUCAGGAAUGGAAAACGACCGAGUCUUCAACGACUUGUGGGAGAAGACUGACGCAGCCUCUGUCGCGAGCAAGCCCUCUUCGGACAAGGACCCGAUCCCACCCUCGGGCCGGCAGUCACCAACAAAGAAUGUGGUGAAUGGAAGCCCCUCCAAGUGCCCACGCUUUGCUAAAGUGCGGAACUGGGAGACUGGAUCGGUGCUCAAUGACACUUUGCACCUGAAGAGUACCAUGGUGACCCCCUGCAGUGAGCAGGUCUGCAUGGGUUCCAUUAUGAUGCCUUCCCAGCACGUCCGAAGACCUGAAGAAGUCCGGACAAAGGAAGAGCUGCUCCCACUGGCGAAAGAGUUCAUUGAUCAGUAUUAUUCCUCCAUCAAGAGGUUCGGCUCCAAGGCCCACCUGGAGAGGCUGGAGGAAGUCACCAAGGAGAUAGAAGCUACUGACACCUACCAACUGCGAGACACAGAGCUGAUCUACGGGGCCAAGCACGCCUGGCGCAAUGCCUCCCGCUGUGUGGGCCGGAUCCAGUGGUCCAAGCUGCAGGUCUUUGACGCCCGGGACUGCACCACGGCCCAUGGGAUGUUCAACUACAUUUGCAACCACAUAAAGUAUGCCACUAACAAAGGGAACCUCAGGUCGGCCAUCACCAUAUUCCCCCAGAGGACGGAUGGGAGACACGACUUCCGAGUCUGGAACUCCCAGCUAAUCCGCUACGCUGGCUACAAACAGCUGGACGGCACCUUCCUGGGAGACCCGGCCAACGUGGAGCUGACUGAGAUCUGCAUACAGCAAGGGUGGAAGCCACCCAAGGGCCGCUUUGAUGUCCUGCCGCUCCUGCUCCAGGCCAAUGGCAACGACCCUGAGCUCUUUGAGAUCCCACCUGAGCUGGUCCUGGAAGUACCCAUCAGGCACCCCAAGUUUGCCUGGUUCAAAGACCUGGGACUGCAGUGGUAUGGGCUGCCCGCAGUUUCCAACAUGCUACUUGAAAUUGGUGGUUUGGAGUUCUCAGCCUGCCCCUUCAGCGGCUGGUACAUGGGCACCGAGAUCGGAGUCCGCGAUUACUGCGACAACUCCCGCUACAACAUCCUGGAGGAAGUUGCCAAAAAGAUGAACCUGGACAUGCGGAAGACCUCAUCGCUCUGGAAGGACCAAGCACUGGUGGAGAUAAACAUUGCUGUUUUGUACAGCUUCCAGAGCGACAAGGUGACCAUUGUGGACCACCACUCAGCCACAGAGUCCUUCAUCAAGCACAUGGAAAAUGAAUACCGCUGUCGGGGAGGUUGCCCAGCUGACUGGGUGUGGAUCGUCCCGCCCAUGUCUGGGAGCAUCACCCCCGUCUUCCACCAAGAGAUGCUCAACUACAGGCUGACGCCCUCCUUUGAGUACCAGCCUGAUCCAUGGAACACCCAUAUCUGGAAAGGAAUCAACGGCACUCCCACCAAGAAGAGAGCCAUUGGGUUUAAAAAGUUAGCCAAGGCUGUGAAGUUCUCUGCCAAACUGAUGGGGCAGGCAAUGGCAAAGAGAGUCAAGGCCACUAUCCUGUAUGCCACGGAAACUGGAAAAUCCCAGGUCUAUGCAAAAACCCUGUGUGAGAUCUUCAAGCAUGCAUUUGAUGCCAAGGUGAUGUCGAUGGAUGAGUACGACACUGUCCACUUGGAACAUGAAACUCUCGUGCUGGUGGUCACAAGCACCUUUGGCAACGGAGACCCACCAGAAAACGGGGAGAAAUUUGGCUGUGCUCUGAUGGAAAUGAGGAAUCCCAACUCCAACCUCGAAGAGAGAAGGAGCUACAAAGUGCGCUUCAACAGCGUCUCCUCGUAUUCAGAUGCUCGGAAAUCUUCGGCUGACGGGCCUGAAGCCAGGGACAACUUUGAGAGCACCGGUCCGCUGGCCAACGUCAGAUUCUCUGUCUUUGGACUGGGGUCACGGGCCUAUCCCCACUUCUGCGCCUUUGCUCGCGCCGUGGACACGCUCCUGGAGGAGCUGGGUGGAGAACGCAUCCUGAGGAUGGGCGAGGGGGAUGAGCUGUGUGGGCAAGAGGAAUCCUUCAGGACGUGGGCCAAAAAGGUCUUCAAGGCAGCGUGUGAUGUGUUCUGCGUGGGCGACGACGUCAACAUCGAGAAAGCCAACAACUCCCUCAUCAGCAACGACCGGAGCUGGAAGAGGAGCAAGUUCCGCCUGACCUAUGUCGCCGAAGCACCUGAACUGACACAAGGCUUGUACAGCAUCCACAAAAAGCGAGUCUUCGCAGCCCGGCUCCUGGCACGUCAGAAUCUACAAAGCCCAAAAUCCAGCCGCUCCACAAUCUUCCUCCGGCUUCACACCAACGGACACCAGGAGCUGCAUUAUGAACCCGGAGACCACCUGGGCGUCUUCCCAGGUAACCACGAAGACCUGGUCAAUGCCUUGAUCGAACGGCUGGAAGACGCGCCCCCUACCAACCAGCUGGUGAAGGUGGAGCUCUUAGAAGAGAGGAACACGGCUUUAGGUGUCAUCAGCAACUGGACGGACGAGAACCGCGUCCCUCCCUGUACCAUCUUCCAGGCUUUCAAAUAUUACCUGGACAUCACCACCCCUCCCACGCCAAUCCUGUUGCAGCAAUUUGCGUUGCUGGCGACCAGUGAGAAAGAGAAGAAGCGCCUUCAGGUUCUCAGCAAGGGCCUGCAGGAAUACGAGGAGUGGAAAUGGUCCAAGAACCCCACCAUGGUUGAAGUUCUGGAAGAGUUCCCAUCCGUGCAGAUGCCGUCCACCUUCUUGCUGACCCAGCUCCCGCUGCUCCAGCCUCGCUACUAUUCCAUUAGCUCCUCCCCUGACAUGUACCCUGACGAGGUCCACCUCACGGUAGCCGUGGUCUCCUAUCGCACCAGAGAUGGGGAAGGGCCAAUCCACCACGGGGUCUGUUCCUCCUGGUUCAACCGGAUACAGGCGGACGAAGUGGUGCCAUGUUUUGUCAGAGGAGCUCCUGGGUUCCACAUGCCACAAGACCCGCAGGUUCCUUGCAUCCUGGUCGGCCCUGGGACGGGGAUUGCUCCUUUCCGGAGCUUCUGGCAGCAACGGCUCUUUGACGUCAAACACAAAGGGCUGAAGCCAUGCCCCAUGAUGCUGGUCUUUGGUUGUCGACAGUCCAAGAUUGACCACAUUUACAAAGAGGAGACCUUGCUGGCGAAAAGCAGUGGUGUCUUCAAGGAGCUGUUUACGGCCUACUCCCGUGAGCCAGACAAACCAAAGAAAUACGUGCAGGACAUCCUUCAGGAGCAGCUGGCAGGAACCGUCUACAAGGCGUUGAAGGAGCAGGGGGGACACCUCUACGUGUGCGGCGACGUCACUAUGGCUGGAGACGUCCUCAAGACUGUCCAGAGCAUCGGGAGGCAUCAGGGCAAGCUGACGGCAGAGGAAGCCAGCGCUUUCAUUAGCAAGCUACGGGAUGACAACCGCUACCACGAGGAUAUAUUUGGCGUCACCUUGCGCACGUACGAAGUGACGAACCGCCUCCGGUCCGAGUCGAUUGCGCACAUCGAGGAGAGUAAGAAAGACACGGACGAGGUGUUUUGUUCCUAAACGUGAGCGCGUCGCGUUGCCCGAGGCAGGAGGCCGAGCCAGGCAAACCGUGGCAGCUCCAGCUGCUCUGCUCCAGCCCUCGAAAAGGAGAGGGGUCUGGACCUUGUACUGAUAUGUCCGCAUCCGUUCCUUUCCUCCAGGGACUUCCGCCAGGCCCACAACAAACGCUCGUCUGUGUCUCGUCCUAUUGUUGUGUCCUGAAGGAUGUGUUGUUGACGCUUGGAUAGCGAGGGAGGAAGAGACAGAGGACAAUGUUGGUGAUAUUUCUUCUCCCCUCCACACCGCCACCCUCUUCUCGCGUCCUGUGGCAGUUUAUUUUCCUUCCUUCCUUAUCUGGAAUCUCCCACCGUGGCGCGAUGGCUUUGAACGCAACCUGCAAGCAGCUCCGACAAAGACACACAACUUCCGCUCGUUCAUGACAAGGCCGUCUUCAUGGCUGCAUGAAAACCACCACCCUAGUGGUCGUCAUCUGCAUUUUGUGUGUGCGUGUGUGUGUGUGCGUGUUCUGGGGUGGGUUUGGAGGGUCACGGUCAGUUGCUGUUGAGUUACGCAGCAGAGGAAUGCAGAAUCGCCGCUCUUGUCUGUUUGCCAAAAUCUCUGCCUAGCAUGAUUUGCUUCAAGCAGUGGGUCACUCUCUCCCCUGUCCCCUCCUGCCACUGCCCCUUUCAUUCCUGCAAUCUGGCAGGGGGGAAGAGGGAAAGUAUGGCGGGCAGCUCCUCCUGUGGCUUUGUUCUUGUGCAGCCUCUCAGUCCUUGCAUUCAAGGUGGGACUGGCCUUCGUUGCACAGAUAAUGGUCGCACUUUCGUACGGCAUACCUGCACAGUCUCUUAACGUGAUGCACUGCCCCGGCCUCCCUGCUCCCUUCCCUGCACCUUCCGCAAUGUGUCUGAGCACUGAUCAAAUGUUUGCAAAGUCAGCAACACAGCUGGAUAUGGCAAGCUGGGUGGGCUGUAACCAACAGACUGCCAGGAAGCAACUGUGGGUCAUCAGGCAUUGUGGCUAAAACACUGCUAAGGGUAUGAAUACACUAUUAGGAAUCCAAAAGGGUUUCCCUUGUUAAAUUCAUGCGAUGUGCUUUUUCCUUUACUCCUCAGACAGAGAUAGAGAGAGAAAGAAAGAAAAAGAAUGAGGAUGGUACCAAUGGAUCACUUCUGUAGAACCAUAGAACUAAGAUGGGGGAUCUGUGGUCUUCCAGGUGUUGAUGGGCUAUGACUCCUAUCAUCUUCUGCUGAUUUACCAUUCCAGCUGGGGCUGAUGGCAGUCGGGAUGAGGGAGAAAUAUGAUCCAGUUCACAUCCGAUGCUGAGCUUACCUAAUUCACACUUUGCCAAACAGUAUGCGGACUGAAACAUCAGUCGUUCUUCGAAAUUUGCACUUCUCCCAAUUUUUAAAUGCCGUUCUCCAGCUAAGUAAUGUGGAUGCAUACACUAGCGUAAAGUGCUCAUAUAAACACGUAUAUUAGCAAAAGUAACAUACACAAAAUACAUUGCAUUAGGGGGAAUUACUUUGCUUAAAAAAAGUGUAUGUUGGGAGAAAAUGCAGGCUUGUUAGGAGAAAUUUGCAUUAAAAUUCCGGUGAAUUUUCACAAGAACAACAACAAAAUCACGAGCUGAGAUGAUAAUGUGGGGGAUCUAAUUUAAGAUUGAAAAACAUGAGAAAUGGAGAAAAACAAAAAAUGACAUAUUCACCCAACAUCAUGUCCAAGACCAUGGGUAGGCAAACUAAUGCCCGGGGGCCGGAUCCGGCCCAAUCACCUUCUAAAUACGGCCUGUGUAAUCAGCGUGUUUUUACAUGAGUAGAAUGUGUCCUUUUAUUUAAAAUGCAUCUCUGGGUUA